AGGGGUUGCCAUCGUUUCAGCCGCAAUCAGAGAGAGCUCAGUUUCCGUUGUGCUGCUGCCUUCCACUGGCUGUCCUGCAUCAUGUUUAGAUCUGCCGUGCGACUGACAUGCUCCGGUGUCCGGAGUUUAACACGAACAAGACCUCAAUUCACAGCCCCCUUGGCUGCCCGUGGCUACUCACAUGGCAAACAGGAGACAGACGAAGAGUUUGACGCCCGCUGGGUCACCUACUUCAACAAGCCAGACAUCGACGCAUGGGAGCUGAGGAAAGGUAUGAACACCCUGAUUGGGUAUGACCUGGUUCCGGAACCCAAGAUUUUAGAAGCAGCCCUGAGAGCUUGCCGGAGGCUCAAUGACCUCGCCAGUGCCAUCCGCAUCCUGGAGGCUGUCAAGGACAAAUCUGGCCCCCACAAAGAAAUCUACCCCUACUUAAUUCAAGAGCUCCGGCCAACCCUGGACGAACUGGGUAUCGCCACACCUGAGGAGCUUGGCAUCGACAAAGUAUAGAUGUUUUCAUGUCUGGUCUUCCAAUGGACUGCUGUCGUCGUUACUGGACUCUGCGGCCGUCUGUACUUGAAGUCUUUGCCCGGUGUUAUGAUACAUGUUAUAUUUAAUUGACCUUUAUUAUGUUCUUUUGCUUGUAAAAUAAUGAUGGACCUAAUAAAGGGAGAUAUAUCUUUGA